UACAGUGAUGCGGCAGGAAGGAGCUACAAAGAUAGUUCAAAUACAUGCAUAUAGUCUUGCAUUAUAUUUCUUCCAUUAACCUAACAUGUAGCAUUAAAAUAUUAACUGUGCAAUUUAAUAUUGAAAUGUGCAUUGUGGAGAUGAUGUAAAGUGCAUGAUAUGACCGCAUAUUAAAUGCAGUGACACAAAUGCUGUUCCCUCAGAUGUGGUGAAAUAUAUAAAGAGCUCAUUCUUACUCUGCGCAGUGAUGAUGGAGACUCUGCUGCUGAUGUUCCUCCUCACACACGCUUCAGGAACUCAAGCGAUCCAUACAGUCAGUAAAAUAUGUGUUCAGAAACAACAAACGAUCACAGUCCCGUGUUUAUAUGAUCAGAAAUAUGCUAAUUACCCAAAAUACAUGAGUCGUGGAGGUGUCAGGAUCUUCAGUGGUUAUGUAUCACACAGCAGAAUGUCUAUUGUAGAUAAUCAAGCAGAAAAUGUGUUCACGGCGACACUGCGAGCAGCUGAAGUGAGUGACUCCGGCACGUACUGGUGUGCUGUGACCAUGUCUGGAUAUGAUCCUCACGCGUAUCUUUACCUGGACGUUACAGAAGCUGAAGCCAGGCUCCGCGUCCCCAGUCAGACUGUGUCAGGUUAUGAGGGAGGUAACGUCACGAUCCUCUGUCACGGCGCUUCACACUGGUGUACGAUCAGGGGAGCUUGUGUUGGGAGAGAUGGAGGAUCUCUAGAGAGAACUGCAGUGUCUGAUGAUGGUGGUGAUGUUCUGAGAGUGACGCUGUGGCAGCUGCAGAAAGAGGACAGUGGAUGGUACUACUGCUCUAAUGAGAAUUCACAGAUGCCUGUCCGUGUUACUGUGACGGAGGCCCUAAAUAUUACACAGUUUACAACUAACCCCUCUUAUAGCACCACACCACUCGGUGAAGACAGGCAGUUCCGGUGGCUGCUGCUUCUGGGAGCGAUGCUGCCCUUUACAGUCUGUGGAGCUGUGAUGCUGAUCAAAGCAAGGCACAAGAGACGUGAGUGCAGGGACAGCGUAUGUGCAGUAUUACAUGUGUGUGUAUCUGCAGAACAAUCGGGAUCUGCAGAAAGCUCAAAUCUUCAUGAAGGCAUGGAAAAAAAACAACAGCUGCCCAAAGGAACUGGGAAAAACAGUGAGGUUAUGUGUGAAAAUCUCUAUGAAAUCAUGACUGGAAUUAAACAAAACACUCGGGGAAAUUGGAAAAACAAUGAGGUUGCAUGUGAAGAUCUCUAUGAAACCAUGACUGGAUUUAAACAAAACAAUCAGCUGACUGCUACAGAUAAGCAGAAAACAUAUGCAUCUAUUGUCAGAAAAGUGAAAAAGUGAAAUGGAUAAACAGGCUUAGGGUUUUUAUAAUGUUUGUUUGUUUUAUAGAAUCAGAUGUGUGUGACUCAAGUAAACCGGUAGCAUUAGUUUUAUUCAGUUUGACUCUGUGGUUAGAAAAAUAAGUAAUAUAAAGUAUCUUUAAAAAACAAAAAACAAAAACAUUUAAUGUUGUAGGUUAAUUUGACCCCCUGACACCAACCCCCCUCCCCCCUUUUUUGAGUUGUGGGAACUACUGGUUAACCUCGGAUGUUUUUCUUGAUGUUGUGUGACUGUUUCUCAUUUAGGGACAUGAACAUACCCACAAAGGUUCAAAACUCUGAGUUGUGUGUACAGAGUUUAUAUAUUACAAUUCAAAUCAUGUCCAUUUCAUUACAUUUUUAUCUCCCCAAAAACCUUUUUAGUUAACAGUCUUUUGUGGAAUGGAAAGAUUCAAAGGAUGUUAAAGUUUCUUCAUGGACCCAUCGAUGCCAGUAAAGAACAUUCAUUUU